CAUCAACACGGUUUGUUGUGGUUUUGUAGGUUAUGUCUGUUUUUAAGUUUUAAGUCAUUGUUAGGUUAAUUAAUUUACUCUAUUAUAAUCUUAGUAUACUAAAAGUAUUCACAGUUCGUCACUGCGUAAAACAUGAAGUUCACAAUACCUCUAGGAAAACACAAUUUAUAUAGAAUGAUGAGAAAUCAAUGGAAAGUGGCUCGAAAACGACCGGUGUUGAAAACGAAUGCUGAGAAAGUGUUACAAGCCAAUAAUUUGGAACUGGUUGAUGCAAAUGAAUUCGUAGCAUCUCCUAAGAAAACGUUUGAUUUCUCGUCCAUUGUGGGUCUGGCACCACGUCCUGUACCCAAGGACGAGAACCACCCUCUCUACAAAGAGCAGCCAUGCUUCUUCUACCGAGACCAUUCUGUGCUGCUGGAAGGGCUGCCUCAAGCGUUGGCUCUCACAAACACGGUGCAGCUGGAAGCCGACACGCUGCCACCUCGGAUACAGAAAUUGGUUGACCAAGUACAACUCCCCAAUCAGGAUGAACUAGUGCAAAGGUGCAUAAAGACAACAUGCUUGUACGAUGCAGAGCAGAAGAAACUACCAGUCAGAAAAGACCCUGAACGGCCAGCCUGGAACUUUCCAAGAGAUUUUGGCAUAACAGAAUCAAGAAAGAAUCGUAUGCUGUGCAGUCGACUGGUUCAUCUGUGUUCGCUGGCAAGCCCAGAGAUUAGUCGUCAGCGUCAUGUUCUUCACGACGCACCACUGUGUGCAUCCCUGAUGUGGGACAGUGAUCCGGUCAUGCUGGAAGUGCGAGCGGACAUGUGCCUCGUCGCGGACAAGCCCCUGAACCCUUUGGUGGAGCCUGCGGAAGCCGAGGGGCUGGAGGUACCGGAAUUGACAGUGUCGCACCCUCUCAUCUCUCUGGAGGAGGACAACUUCUACGAGUUGAAAGAUGUGUUCCCACUACAGCCAGACAGCAAGUUCAGCCAAGUGCAGACAGUCAUUGUACACCACAAUCUCACGGAGGUCAAGAACCUAUUUGAUGCUCCCGUGCAAGAAAGCCAGUUGCUGGGUCGCUCUCUUAUGAAAGCUUACACUAUGGCUGUCACCCAAGCCAGAUAUAACUAUGGGCCCCAAGUGAAGGAGUUGCCCCAGCCAUUAGUGGUACAAUGUGUGCAGACCGACGGCCAGAACUUCCACUUCAGCGUACUUCAGCUCCACUCUACAGAGGUGGACUGUCACCGCAGAAACGUGUACUGGAGUCUGCCGCCACUACCACUCUAUGACGAUUGCUCAUACGUCCAGGCUGUGCCACUCUUGCAGGGCUACAACGCCCAGGUCUUCAAACAGUUGCUGGCAUUCUACAUCAACAAUUAAAUGACUCAAAGCUGUAGUUUUACCAUAAUAAAUUGUAAAUAACA